AGACAGAAAUCCUGUAAUCAGAAAGUGAAGAAACGCUGAACUGUGUCUAAUGCUUGAUAACUAGCAUAGAACCAUUCUUUGGUUUUGAGUAACUUUUUUUCUUUCACAGGUGCUGGAUUGGAAGCUGACAUCUAAACCACACUUACAUUGAGGUGUGACUAAAGAAGCAGGAGUAAAAAGUGAAUAUGGUCCGUCAAGGAGGCAAAACAACAUGCACAGCCCACUUUCUGAAGAUCAAAGUUGACUGACUCAGACAAGUGACUCAGGGCCUAAAUGUGUCAGAUGAAGCUGCAGACAAUUACAGGAUAUAGACGCCUUCAUAUCUUCUCAUUUUAGAACACACAUCUGUCAAAAAAAGGGAAGUCAGUUGAAACUGUCUUUGCCAACAGCACAUUUGGGGGUAUUUGUCCUCGGUUGUGCUGAGAACUAAGCGAUGGCCAUGGUGAGAGGGGGGUGGGGAGAUCCCAAUGGGGAGACUAAUGGACUUGGUGACAAGGGGUACGUGAGGGGAGAUGAGGACGACAGGUCACCCCAAGGAGGCGGCAGCGACAUGGAGGCCGGGGAGGAUGAUAAAGGUGUGGUGGACUGUGUGGUCUGCGGUGACAAGUCCAGUGGGAAACACUAUGGUGUGUUUACUUGUGAGGGCUGCAAGAGCUUCUUCAAACGGAGUGUCAGACGAAACCUUAACUAUACCUGCAGAUCAAACAGAGACUGCCAGAUUGACCAACAUCACCGCAACCAGUGUCAAUACUGCCGUUUAAAGAAGUGUUUCAGAGUUGGAAUGCGCAAAGAAGCAGUUCAGCGUGGACGCAUCCCACCUUCGCAUUCAAGCCUCAGCCCAUCCACGACUCCAGUGGGCGGCAAUGCCGGCAGCGGCGUGAGCGAGUUCUACAACGGGCAGCCGGUGUCUGAGCUCAUCUCCCAGCUCCUGCGGGCAGAGCCGUACCCUAACAGCCGCUACAGCCAUCAGUACAACCAGCAGAUGCAGGGGGGUGGAGGAUCCAUGGGCAUCGACAGCAUCUGCGAGCUAGCCGCCAGACUCCUGUUUAGCAUCAUCGAAUGGGCCCGAAACAUUCCUUACUUCCCUGAGCUGCCUGUAUCUGAGCAGGUGGCCUUGCUGCGGCUCAGCUGGAGCGAACUGUUUAUUCUUAACGUAGCCCAAUCUGCCCUUCCCCUGCACAUGGCCCCGCUGCUCGCCGCCGCAGGCUUUCACUCCUCUCCCAUGUCUGCUGAGAGGGUGGUGUCGUUCAUGGACCAGGUGCGUGUCUUCCAGGACCAAGUGGAGAAGCUAACCCGCCUGCAAGUGGAUUCAGCAGAGUACAGCUGUCUGAAGGCCAUAGCACUCUUCUCACCAGAUGCGUGUGGGCUGACAGACCCGGCUCAUGUGGAAGGCCUGCAGGAAAAAGCUCAGGUGGCCCUGACCGAGUACGAGCGCAUGCAGUACCCCGGGCAGCCCCAGCGCUUUGGACGCCUCCUACUGCGACUGCCUGCUCUGAGGGCCGUGCCCGCCAACCUUAUCUCUCAGCUCUUCUUCCUGCGCCUCGUGGGCAAAACGCCCAUUGAGACUCUCAUCCGUGACAUGCAGCUGUCUGGCAGCUCCAUCAGUUGGCCGUAUGCUCCCGGACAAUAACCAUUAUCAGAUGUGACCACGAAACCAGUCUGAACUGACUGAACUCUGAACUGCACAACUAGUGAGGAUCUCGGUGUAAUUUCGUUUUUUUUUCCAACCACACAUUCACAUCUGAUAUUCACUGUAUCACCUAAUGCAACAGGGUUAUACUACGGGAAUGGUGAAUUCAGUAGUACAUGGCAGAAGGCUUGAUCUAUGCUCUGUGAAUGCUCUUAUGUGGCCCAGAAGCAUUCUUAAAAAAUAACUUGAGAAAUCUUGGUUAUCUGUUAGCCAAAGAUAAGAUGUAGGUUAUAGUUUCAUAGCGAGUUAUUAAGUGGAAAUUGGUUGAAACCCAAAACAAAAAGCUCUGUCAGUUGGGUGUGAGCAUGAAAGUCACUUUGGACUGUCCCUGGAGGCAGCAGGAAAUCAAGUCCCCCUUAUAUUCUGCUCUGCCCUGUCCUUGUGUACCAGAAAGCCUGAAGGAGGAGGAAGUAAACAUGAUGACAUCCAAAAACCCAAACAAACCAAACCGAAACAGUCAGAAUUGGGACUUAGGCAUUUGUUUUGCCAAUGAUAACUACUUGGUUUUUAUUUUUAGCUCUUUUUUUCCCUAUCAAUGCUAAUGUAUUUCUAUGAGGAGAGAUUGAAAUUUGCAAAAGCUAAUGCGAGAGAUUGGAUCAUGUUUUGUGAAAUAACCAAU